CAUUCAUCCAUCACCAAUUCAUCAAAUGUCUCAAGUAUCUCAUCGUUCAUUCACAACGUAUCAUUUCCUCACAGUUCUCUGAAUCAUACAGAACAUGUCUUUUGCAACACCUCCAAAAGCCAAUGACCAGAGACCUGCAAGUGCUAGGGUCACGAUUGGCUCACACCGCUCAACUCUCACACCCCAACCGCCUUCACGUUCCCUUCCAUGAGUUCCGUCAUCUUUUGCCUCUUCUCAUUAAUCCCAUUGUACAACGUCUCCAACAUCUCGGAAACCUUACACCAUGCUCUGACUACUGAAAACUUGAAGCAAUUCCCAUGCGAUGGCAGAAGCGCAUAGUGAUUUGCCCCUCCUAACUAUUGUCCUCCUCACCGCCGCUUGUCUACUUUCACUCGUGGUCCUCGUUCAGGUUGGCGCAACGUACACGUCGGCAUAUCUAGCCGCUCCUUCCGAAAUAACGACUUUCAUCGACACGGUCGAUUACUCGAUCUUGGAGAAUGAGUCGUAUGACAAAGAUGUUGGGAAGGUCGCGAGAUUAGAGGACAAGCUACGCUUGGGGAAACUGUUGCGCGAGAUCCAAAGAUGUGGCGAUGAUCUGCGAGAGGAUUUGAAUGGAUUACUUGUUGAUGAAGAAGGGACGAAGAUUAAGGCGGGUGCGAGGUUACUCUGGGGACAUCAGAGGAAGCGACUUGAGGAGAGAGUGAGGAGGAUGGAUCUUCUGCGCAUGAGGUUUCUUGUCGUUUAUAUGGGAUGUAUAGCCGCGACGAGGACACCUGAGAAGGAAGAGAAGAGUCUGGAGAAGCUACAUAUUCCCAAGGCACCAGGACGGCCGCCUAUAUUGCAUGCUGUUACGGAAGGACAUGCCAGACGAGUACCCUUGAGGAGGUUAACGACCCAGGCAAUGGGUCAUAACGAUCAUGUGGGAAGCCCACAGAGGAUGGGCUGGGCUGGUGUAGUGGCUGAAUUGCAGAAUUCUCCACUGAUGCACAAGAGACACGCCUCCAUUGAGAGCGCGAUGGGGAAGGCGGGUUGAUGGUAUGGAUUUUCUAUUCCCGGACAAUCAGCCACAGGCAUCAUACGUUUGCUCUCUUAAGCAACACGACACAAGACGACUACCCUGAAAGUCGUCAAAUAGAGAGGAGGAUUUCACACGUCUUAUACUAACGUUACGGCCCCAACACCAUCACCGAGUCCUGAUCAACGACCAUUUCUUUCCACUCACGGCCUCAACUUCCAUCACGAAUACUAUGAGACUCGCCACACUUUCACGCUUUAUCACGACCCAAUUCAAUCAUCAGUCACGAGCCACGAUUCACGACAAGCAUUUAGAGGACGGGGAGGUGUAUGCAAUAUAGGAAGUUCUAUGCAUAGCGUUGCGGAGAUUUUGGAUUGAGAGAGAUACCCCUGUUUAGCAUACCUUGGUUUAACAUGUCAUUAAUACUUCCAACAUUUGUGUUUUCCCCAUGAAUUAAAGCACUUUGUGUCAAUAGAUGACUUCCGGUCUUAC